GCUUUAUUUGGACAGGCGCGAUUGGCGAAAGAAGUCGCGUGCGAUCGUCGGAGGGAGGCCAUAGUUUUUAGUUGCUGAGGAGAGGUUUUUUUUUGGGUUGGUUCUUGAUAACCUGGAAGGUGCUACUGCUAGAAUUGUUCCUUGAAGUGCGUUUCAGUAAUGAAAAGUGUUUUACGGCAUACAUUAGUCGCUUUUUUUUCCUCACCGCGGAACUCCAAGACUGAGGUUUAACCGAGCUGUCGCGCACCAUAAAGUGGUCAGACGUUGGCAGAAUAGCUCGCGAGGUGCAGGUGCGCAAGGGAAGAAGCUAUAGAGUUCUAGUAGCGGGUAGUUGUUUAGGGAAGAGUGCUCCAAAUUUGAACCUAGUGUCAUCAUGGAUAUCCUGCAGCAGAUGAAUCUGACGGACUUUACGUUGUACGAUCUGAUCAACGUUAAAGGAGUCGAGGACACAAUCGAUAGAUUUCCGCUGAUGGCAUCACCGGUGCCGAGCACCAUACUAAUAGCGAUAUACCUAUACUUUAUCUACAAAUGGGGCCCAAACUACAUGGAGAAUCGCAAACCGUUCGACUUGAAGUUGGUUAUAGCUGCUUAUAAUAUCUUCCAAGUUGCGGCGUGCUCUUAUCUGGUGAUGAGCUAUAUUGGCGUCGGAUUCAAAUUUAGCUUCAUCGGAAGAUGCACGCCCAAGCUGCCCGUCGAGGAGUACGAGCAUGGAUACGACGCGGUCUAUUACGGCUGGCUGGCCAUGUGUCUGCGGAUGGUGGAAUUCAUCGAGACCGUAUUCUUUGUUCUCCGAAAAAAGCAGAAUCAGGUGUCGACACUGCACGUCUAUCACCACAUCAGCACAUUCCUGAUUGUGUGGUGGAGCCUUAAGCUCAGUCUAUCAUACCAGGAGAUGUCAAUUAUGGUACUCAACUCGAUCGUACACAUCAUCAUGUACUCGUACUAUCUGCUCUCUUCGUACCAAAUGUUCCGGCCGUUGACGAACCGUGUCAAGCCGGCCAUUACCAUCAUCCAGCUGGCCCAGCUCGUGACGAUGCUGGUGCACGUGUAUGCGGCCCUGCAACCGAGCUGCGACGCCAACAAGUUCAUCUACGUGUUACAUGCCAUCAAUCUGACCAUCCUGAUCAGUCUGUUUAGCAACUUUUACAUACAAACUUACAUUAAAAAGGCUCGCAAAGGCAAACAGAGCUAACAAGCAAAUGAUCUCUAAAUGCGUUUGUUGUACAACCCCAAACCCCUUAAAUAAACUGUGUCUACACACAAACAGUUCGUAUAGCAGCGCCCACGUUACAUUAGUUAUGUUUACCCAAUGGUCGUGGUCAUCGUCGCAGUCGCGUUUUUCACUUGCAAACGCGCGUGCGAGAUGUAGGAAGGAAAACAAAAGUGAAAUUUUACAAGUCAAUAUUUAAACAUUAACCAGGCCCAAGGUGCUCAUGCAACACUGCAUCAUCGUCAGCAUCGCGAAACGAAGGAUCGUGGUGAUGCUGUUUAAACACGUUUAUUUUGUUUUGUCACACCACGUGUACCGUCAGGAAUGGUCACUUUUGUCGGAAUGUGUGGUUAAUCUGUCGAAUGCUGUAUCCGGCAUCGGUUUUCAAUGUAUAUCUGUCCUCCAUUAGAUGUAAAGAGACAAUAAACCAUAAACUGCA